AUGGGGAGAUUUGGCGUGACCCCGAAGCUGCUAGAAACAAAAACGACAGUGGUGAUUGGCUCAGUCAAAAGGCAGGGAUGUAUUGAGAACACGGCCUUCACAGCGUACUGGGACUCGGAACAAGACAAAUUUUGGUGCCCAGAUUCAGAGGGAUCAGCCGGCCGUGGGCGGGCUAAUGCAGCGGAGCGCUUUUGGAAUGGUGGAGACACAGACUCAAAUGAUGUUGGAAUGAUAACGGCAAUAUCUCAAGUUGACUUGAAACUUGACUUUGUGAUUCAGAGUUCUAAGAGUGUACUUGAUGUUUACCGGAGAGAGUAA